GCCCAGAUCUCCAACGCCUCCCCACUCUACAUAAGGUAGCCCCACCACCAUCCAAUUCUCCACCAAGAGAAAAGACUCGCUCUUUUUUUCUUCACCACUUACCUAAUACACAUCCAGAAAAGAAAAAAAAGAUCCACCAAUGGCUUGCUCAAGCUCCGACAGACCCACCAAAGUUCAGGAGCUGUACGUGUAUGAAAUCAAUGAACGUGAUCGUGGAAGCCCUGCCUAUCUCCGGUUGAGCCAGAAAUCCGUCAAUUCUCUUGGCGAUCUUGUCCCUUUUAGCAACAAGAUAUAUACCGGAGACCUGCAGAAACGGUUGGGAAUAACAGCGGGCAUGUGCAUUCUGAUUGAGAACAGACCGGAAAAGAAAGGUGACCGGUACGAGGCCAUAUUCAGCUUUUACUUCGGGGACUACGGCCACAUAUCGGUGCAGGGACCCUAUUUGACCUACGAGGAUACGUGUUUGGCUGUGACUGGUGGUUCUGGGAUCUUUGAGGGGGUGUACGGACAGGUGAAGCUGCAGCAGAUUGUUUUCCCCUUCAAGCUUUUCUACACAUUUUAUUUGAAGGGUAUUGGAGACUUGCCCAAAGAGCUUCUUGGGAAGCCGGUGGAGCCCAAUCCAGCUGUUGAGCCGAGCCCCGCGGCUAAGGCUUGUGAGCCUCAAGCCACCAUUGCUAAUUUCACUAAUUAAAAGUACUAUGUAUUAGAAGUUAGUUGAUGGCCGGUGGGCCAGUGAUGAAAAUGAUGAGUACUAAAAUAAAGGUUACCAGUAUUUUAAUUUUUGAGUGGAUUUCUGUAGUGGGUUUGGCUACUUAUGAAUAUUGUUGUAAGUCUCUUUGAUUAAAUGACUUUAUUAAUCUCGUGUGCCUUGUGGAAGUAGAAUAAAACUGCACCAAAUUAUGUUGCAA